AUGUUUUUGAGUGGGUUCGUCAUUUUAAUAUUGGAAAUGGAGUUUGCCAUGGCUCUGAAAAAGCUGCGCCGAGGGUGGUGCUCACCCGCCGCACCCUUAGCGCGCCUCGAGCCCGGCACCCAGCGCUUCUCGGGUGCCUUCCGCUCGCGGCGACGGCAGCUCAGACAAACACCCAUAAACCCUCCGCUGGCAUGGGGCCGGCGGAGCGCGAGCGAACACUGCGUCCGCCGGAUCAGCUCGCGCCCGCCAUGCCUCCGCUCUGCACUCUCCACAGCCGGGAGCUACUCGACCAGCCGUUUGCCGUCACCCGUCCAGCUCCGAACUCGACACAAGCACGCACUCCACUCUGCACCGAGGCCACAAGAACGCACCACUCACACAUAUAGCAUACUCUAA